AUGUUUCUAGUUUGGGGGACGUGCGUAUGGCUAGACUCAUUCAGACCAAAUGCUCAGUACGGAAAGGAAACAUUCAAGAUCCCUCAACUGAAUCGGUACAUCGUCAUAAUUAACAAACGUGAAAACAUCGAAGACAUUAGGAAAGCUCCAGACGAUAAAGCCUCUUUCGAUGAAGCGGUAGCUGAGGAUUUCGCUUUCCAUUGGACAUUCGGAGAGAAAAUAGCGAGGGAUUCGUAUCAUUUCCUAAUCAUUCGUAAUCGGCUGACUCAGUCUUUGGGUUCGCUAUUGGACGACGUCCGCGACGAAAUUACGCAUGCAUUUAAUGAUCUCAUUCCAUUGAAAAGUGAAGACUGGGUUGCAAUACCUGCAUUGGAUAUAACGAGAAGCAUUGUUUGCAGAGCAAGCAACAGGGUUUUCGUUGGCGUUCCUCUUUGUGAAGAUCCAGAGUAUGCUGAGCUAAGCAUCAACUUCACUAUUGAUAUCGUGAAAACAGUGUACAUGGUCCAGGACAUGCCUGCUUUUCUGCGCCCCAUCGUCGGUGCAUACUUCAACCCAACGACUAAGAGAAUACGUCAAGCCGUGAGACUCCUUCAGCCUGUACUCGAGGAGAGAUUUCGUAUGUACGACGAAAAUGGCGAUGAUUGGCCCGGAAAACCGGUUGACAUGAUCUCAUGGCUCAUUGAAGAAGCACCGAAGAACGAGAAACGAAGCAUUCGUGAUCUCACGUUGAGGAUGCUUACGAUAAACUUUGCUGCGAUACACACAACCUCCAAUAGCUUCGGCCAUGCCCUGCUUCACAUUGCGGCAGAGCCCAAAUAUGUCGCGCCUAUUCGGGAAGAGAUCGAACAGGUGAUCAAAGAGGAGGGAUGGUCGAAAGUUGCGAUGGCGAAAAUGUGGAAACUCGAUAGUUUCAUGAAAGAGAGCCAGCGGAUUAACGGUGCUAACAUGUUAUCGGUGACUCGCAAAAUACUUUCUGACCUCAACUUAUCGGAUGGGACCUUCCUACCUGCCGGCUCAUUCGUCGCCGCAAAUGUGGUAGGAAUGCACCGUGACGAAUCUCAUUAUCCAGAUGCAGACAAGUUUGACGGAUUCCGCUUUGCAAAGUUGCGUGAGCAAAGUGCUAAGGAGAGCGUUAAGCAUCAAAUGGUCAAUACAAGCCCAGAAUAUCUGGCAUUCGGACAUGGACGUCAUGCCUGUUAUGGUCGCUUCUUCGCAGUGAACGAGCUCAAAAUGAUGAUGGCAUGCCUGAUUUUGAAUUAUGACGUGAAGGCUGAGGUAGAAGGCGUGCGACCGGAGAAUGUGUACCAUCGUUCUCGAUUGAGCCCAAACCCCACGGCUAAAAUCCUGCUCAGGAGGAGGAAGGAUGCAUAA